UUUUUUUUUUCGCCUUCGCCUUGGCUACAUGGAUUGAGAAAUCAUUGUCAUCAGAGAAUCCCAUUCGUUUUUUUUUUACAAAUUGCCUCAUGGACCUGAAACUCCUGCUGUCUCCCGCACAAAAGGAUCCUGACCCCGAUAGAGCGUCCACUCAGGGUAUUGAUCGCGAAGAGCACGCGACGAACGAAAGAGAUAUGCCCAACUGGCAAUAUCACUCUAGGGAACGUCCGUUCGAGCAGCCAUCUCAGCACGAAGAACAUCAGUAUCACCGUCAACAAGAGCCAUAUCCCCAGCAGCAUCAUGCCCAAUCUCAUGAACCUUACCUUGAGCACGCCGGACCACAGAAUCGGCCUCAUGUCCAGCAACAACUACAGCCCCCUUAUAACACAUGCCAAGGACACUAUUCACCUCAACCCGCGGCGUCACCUAUCUUGUCGGCCUCUGCCGCGACGCCCUUGCCUGGAGAAGCGCCGCAGUCCCAACAGUACUUUGCUCCCACCCACCGCGCCCCUCCCCCUGUUGUCCCGCCACCUUCGGGACUUAAUCUUUCUUCUUACAGUUUUCUGCUAAUGGAAAAAAGAGACCGUGAAAGGGAGGCUAUGGAACGAGCAAACAGAGGCUACCUGAUGGGCGAGGCACCAUCAAUCAAGAACGGGUCCGCACCAUCAUCUCCCAUUAUUCAUCACACAGCGAGUGCUCCUUCUCCAAGGAUUGAGCCGGCACAGCAUAUGGAGCAUGGAAGCCAGAAAUCUGAUGUACGGCAGUCAGGAUCCGAAAGGCACGCUUACGUAUAUCCACCUGAUGCUCCGCUUAAUCUUUCACAGGGUUAUGAUGGAUCAUCCUCGCAAUAUCAUGGCUCUGGAUCAUACCAGCAACAGCAUCAUCAAGGAUAUAGUUCCCCCUAUUCACCACCCUCCCAACAUGGCUAUUCCAACCAUCCAUCUCAAUAUCAGUACCAGCAAUCAUAUCCUCAUACCCACUACUAUCCUAGCACCAGCAGUACUAACAAUGGACAGGAUCAACUUUUCAGCCGGCAGCAGGUAAGGCUUUAUCCUUGAUCUUGACUGAAUCCAUGCAUUUUUCUUGACACAUCGUCACGUACACAGCUCAUGCUUUCCUUUGUACGAAGUAGUUGCAUUUUUAAAUGAACCAAUCCUUUCUGUUGGAUGUCUUUUCAUUUGUUGUCACUUCUGCCG